AUGGGGUUCUUGAGCCUACGAACAGCGGCGCUGGGGGUGCUGACCAUCUCUUUUGUCGUAUUUGUUGCUCUCUUUGGUCGGCUGCCGAUUUUUAGGAAAACUCCCAUUGGUUUCUUACACCGACUCCUCUGGAUCUACAUUCCACAUGGCAUAAGCCGUCUAGACAUGCUUCUGCUGGGCGGACGAUUGGUGCCUUGCUCACUUCAGUCGAUAUCACAGUUGAUGUUUGUGCCGAGAGCCUGGCCUAGACUAGGAGCUAUUCAUCGAGUGUUCGUUCCGAUAGCAAUCGCUGUGCCAUAUGCUCUUCUAUAUGCGAGUAUAACGACUAAAUGUUUCAUCACGCCUGAAAAUGUCAAAACAGAGUUGGCCCAUUAUCCGUACGACAGGAUUCUCUUCCAUCCAGGCAACGAGUGCUCUACAUGCCGCACCUUGAAACCAGCACGUAGCAAGCACUGCAGCAUUUGCAAUGCCUGUGUUUCCAGACAUGACCACCAUUGCAUCUGGUUAACCAACUGCGUCGGCCGUGAAAACUAUCGUUACUUUUUAGGAUUGCUGGUGACACUCUCGGCGAUGCUCAUAUAUGGCAUGUGUCUUGGAUACAAGCUGCUUGAAGAGAACUUGCAAAAAGUCUUUGGACGAGGAGACGUCCGUUGGAGCAAAUCGGUAUCCUGGACCACUUUUAUUAACUAUUGGGCUGGCGCGGUCGCCGACGAUAUUCGGAUCGGGGCGAUAUUCCUCUUAGCGGCCAUGACAGUGCCGCUGGCACUUGGCUUUUUGGCAUAUCAUGUUUACCUCAUAUGGGCGGGGAUGACGACUAAUGAGACGGCAAAAUGGGACGAAUGGAAAGAAGACAUUGCGGACGGCCUUAUUUACAAGGCUAAAAGAAGCGAAAUCUAUAGAACACCAAGGCCGCGAGACGAGUCUAUUGAGCCGACAUCACAAUGGCCAGCCACAACUGACCAGGUGCUUAUUAUGACAGAUGGCGCCCCCCCGAGGAUAGGAUUUUCUAUUUCUACACAAUCAAACACGAUCUUACAAGCGGAGGACGAACACGCCCCGGCUGACCCGCGGUUUCAUCGUGUCGAGACUCUACAAGCUAUUGAAAAUAUAUAUGAUCUAGGCUUCUGGGGUAAUUUGCGAGAUGCUGUGAAUCUGUGA